AUGGCGGACACGGGUGCAUGCCCCAGCGAGCCCAAGGGCAAGAAAGAAGAAGACAGCGAUAACUACAAUGGCAAGAAGCUCACACCGCAGGAGUUUUACGAGAAGCUGAAGGAAACAAAGAGUAGGAGGCAGGCGGCCUGGUGGCCAUGUGAUACUUGUAAACAGCGUUGUGAAGAUCCACGUCUAAGCCUCCUCAAACUGCUCCGCCUCCCUUCACACCAGUGGGCAACCCAGAACCCACGGACGAGGGUUGAAAUCCUCCGCCCCAUCGAUCAUGUUGACCUCGUGAAGGCUUGUGCAGCUAUUGGCAUUGAGCUUUGGAGCCGCAAGUUGCUUAGUGGCAGGAUUUUGGAUGAGGUUCAUGCCGAGAUCCAAGCCAAAAUGGACAGCGAGUAUGCUAAGGACGGUGGCCUUGCCGCGUUCGCUACUGACGGCUGGAAAAACCGACUUGCGUUCAUGGGCAGCCCUCUGGUUAACGUCAUGAAGCUGCUAAGCUUCCGUACUAAUGGUGGCCGUGGUGGGCGUAAUGUUAACAGUCAUGGAUUGCCGCCACCGCAGCAGCAGCAGACGCCGAUCCACCGCCGCAACUGCUACAGCCCACUGCUUCUGAGCUUCCCGCUACACCUGCUACUGGUGCUGUUGCUCUUCGGCAGUAGUGCACAGAUAGCUGCAGCAGUUGCCUCCCCUCCGCCACCUCCCCCCAUGCCGCCGUUGGCCACCUGCGGUCCGUACCCAGUGCUCUACAGGGACGGUGUGCCAGUAAGCGCCAUAAGGGCGCCUGUUAUUUCAGCUGAUUAUGAAGAUGCGAUCAGCCCAGCAUUCCUUUUGCAGGUUGUGGAUGUGCCAAGAACCCGUAGGUCUGUUGGUUAUUACGUCAACGGCACGACAACUAUAGUGGUACAAUGGAAAUUCACAGACAGGACCUCAUUUUCCUACGGCAUGCUUUCCGAAGCGGAUUUCAAUGCCGUAUACAAUGGCACCUCUGGCUGCAGGGAGCCAAGCGGAUUAACAGCCAUGGAUUACGGUCAGGAACUAGACUAUGCUUCUACAGCCUACUUUCCCAUUUUUGAAGUUGCACCCCCCAGCUACUCCAGCUUGGUCCAACCCUGCGGCGCCCCGGUCACCUUCUACUGGUUCACUAGUUUCCUCAGUCACGACUUCUUCGGCGUAGCUCACGUUUCCUGGGCGGCUGCUGACUGGGUGCAUGCUAAUGACACCACCAACCCCAUCUGCCCUGACUCCCCAACUGCUUGGGGUUACACCAAGUUCGCCAUCUCAUACUGCCCCUGCCCGGCUCAGCCCCCGCCGCCAAGUCCGCCACCUCCACCGCCAAUGCCACCUUUACCAUCCUGUGGUGACUUUCCAUAUGUCACCUACAACGGUGUCCCCGUCACUGGAUACCCAGCACCUGUACGGUCCAGUGUAACGGGUCAGGUGGUUACCCCGGCGUAUAUUGAUGCCUCUCAGGGUUUUCCCGAGCUGGUGGUGGACUGGCAGCUAGAGUCGUACGUCAAGUAUUCAUUUAUUUUCUUCCCCGAGUCAAUAUUUUUGCAGAUUUACAAUGGUGGCACUGGGUGCCGACCGCCUGAUGCGUUUAUGUCAACCGCCACUGAUUGGGUCAUUACAACACAGGGUGAAUCGCCGUCCCCACCUCCGCCGGCCGCCAAGCCUCCGAAGGCGCCCAGAUCACCCAGUUCACCAAAAGCACCCAAACCGCCCAAAGCGCCUGUCCCACCCAAAGCCCCCAAACCACCCAAGGUGCCCAAGGCCCCCAACCUCUCAACCCCACCACCCCCCGUGGGCAACAACAACCAACUUGUGCAAAGUUUCCCUUUUUUUACCUCCUGCAAUGCCCGUGACGUCAGCCUGACGCCGUACCGAAUGUCCGUACCCAGCGGGCCGUGGAAUACAACGGCUUCCAGUGCCACGUACUGCUUCCGAGUUGCCGCCACCGCAACAGUGAACAGCGCCAGCCCGUGUGCGGGAAUGACCAUUAACAGGAUGGAGAUGAUCAUCGAGAGUGGCUGUGUGGACGAGGACCUGAACCCCAUCCGCAGCGUCACCAUCAACGGCGUUUCAGUGGUCCCGCUGUUCAGCUCUAAAACAUGGAAGGGGGAGACGUACGGCAUCAUGACACUCCGCCGCCUGGCUGACAUCUUUCCCACGACCCCCUCCGGCGGCUUGUACAUCUGCUUGGAGCUGGCUAGGACCAGUCCCUGCAGUACACCGGCGGGAAUGUGCUACGGCAACAGCUGCGUGUUCGCACUGUCCAACGAUGAUUUCACCUGUUGCCCCCGCCUGCUGGGGCCGUUGGCUUCCCGUAUGGGCCGCCUCUCUCCCUCUGGUUGCGGGUAA